UUAAAACUAUGAUUUCAGUUCGCCUUCAGCUGUCUGCGAAAAUUCUACUUUUACAGUUUGAUAACACAUUUGGUAACAUAAAGGAUUUUACCAACUUAAUAGCAAUAUAAAAUAAAGUGCGAAAAAAUUAUGAAUUCCAAACAUCUUACCAAAGGAUCAAGGAAACCUUCUCCUGUUCGAAGAGGAAAACUUCGCCUGUAUAGUAAUCGAUUUUGUCCUUACUGUCAACGAGUAAUUCUAGUAUUAGAUGCAAAAAAGAUACCAUACGAGGUGGUUAACAUAAAUCUGGUUAACAAACCUGAAUGGAUGUUUGAUAAAUCACCAAUGGGUAAAGUACCAGCACUUGAACUAGAUAAUAGAGAAGUUCUCUAUGAAUCUUUAAUUAUUGCUGAUUACUUAGAUGAAAAAUACAACACUCAUCGAUUACAUGCAAGGGACCCUCUGCAAAAAGCCAAAGACCAACUUUUACUGAAGCAAUUUACCAAGAUUAUUAACGCUUUACUGAAAACAGUCUCCUUGGGUCGUAUUGAACACGACGAGGCCCAAAUUAUUUCCGAAGGACUUGCAACUUUUGAAAAGGAAUUAACUGACAGGCCAGGUCCAUUUUUUGGGGGCGGUAAGCCUGGAAUGUUGGACUAUAUGAUAUGGCCAUGGUGUGAGAGAUCCGAAGUCCUGAAAAUUUUUGGCAAGGACUAUAUUUUGAAAAAAGAAAAAUAUAAGAAACUUAUGGAAUGGCGUAAAAUUAUGAUGGAAGAUGAGGUGGUGAAAAGGAGUUGUUGUAGUAGUUAUACCCACAUAAAGUACUUGCAGUCAUCUAGGGCAGGAGAACCUAAUUACGACUUACUUAUCCAAUCUUAAAUGUUUUUUGUUCAUAAGGAUUUUUCGAUUACAUUAAUAAUGAGAAAAUACCUAUUCUACCUAGCACUUUACAAGAGCAUGAAAAAAGCAAAACAAGAAAAGUUUAGCUUAAUUUAAGUUCCAUUUUUUCUACAAUCUUAAUGAUAAUUGUUUUUUGUACAAUAAAAAUAAGACAAAAUUUUGUAAUAAAGAAUUAA